AUGGCUCUCUUCGGCGCCAUGUCGAUACCUAAGCCGCUGUUGACGCUCCUGUUGGUUGCGGCUUCAGUCAUACCCUCUGGAGCUACUAUGGCUUCAUGGUGGAAUACGGUCGCUAGUCAGGUUGUCGUCCUCAACGAGACUACAGGCCAAUACAGAUAUACCAGGUGCAACAGCAUGGGAAUGGAUACUAUCUACUAUUCAGCCACGGGCGGCAACUACCUCAAUUUCACCGAGAACCCGCCCAAAACUGGCAGUCCUUUGACCGGGACUGGCUGGUAUGACCAAACAAAUGUCUGGUCAUCAUUAUUCUACCUGGAUGAGUCCAACAGUAUCAGAAACGCCAUCUUCAAGUGUAAUGCAUCGACCGGUCUUUACAUGGACGCGGAGACACAAUUCUGGCCCGUUGUGGCCGAUGGAGCGCCGACGCCGCACACCAAUUCUGGCAUGACUGUGUUUAAUCGCGGCGACAAACUUGGUUAUCGACUCUAUUAUCACGAUGAGGAUAUGCAUCUCAACGAGCUUCGCUAUGAUCCAAAUACUUUCACAUGGUCUUGGGAGGGAACCAUCAACCAUGACGUUCCGUCGAACAACGCGAUCGCCGCAACCGCCGGCAAAGAUAGCGGCAACUUCACCGUCGUCACACCACGGGACGACAAGAACAUUCAACUUACGAGAUGGGGCCUGGACAAGAGUUGCAACCACCCCACACCCCCUCAAAGGCAACUUCAGCACCAACUCGGCCUCCGAGUCCUCCUUCGAAAUCGACUACUCCGCCCCCUUCAACUACACCCUCCCUUCCUGACCGGCCAGCCCAAAUCCAUCGGCAUCAGCCUCGACACCGCCUGGAUGCGCUACGUCUACUACAUCGGCAGCGACAAGUCUCUCUACCGGCUCACCUCGCAAAACUACGUCUGGCGCCUCUGGGAAAACCAGUCAACGACCUACUGGCCGCAAGCCGACGAAAGCAAUGCCGAACUCACCGUCGUCAGCGCCAUCAUCCAGGACACGCACACGGCCAAAGUGCGCAUCUAUUACAUGGUCGGUGGCAAGCUGGCUGAGGUGGCGCUGGACGGCAACGAUAACGACUGGAAGCAGUGGCGGACUGUUCCCGAAUGGGACCCGAACAGCGCGAAGCAGCCGAGUACUGGCAGCACCACGACCGGCUCUCCAUCUAACCCGUCCGCCACCUCUGGCUCCGGUUCCGGCAGCACGACCACGAGCCCUGACCCCGGCGCUGCCGCGGACUCUGCCUCCUCCGGCGGCCUCUCCUCCGGCGCCAAGAUCGGCGUUGGCGUGGGCGUCGGUCUAGGCGUCGUUGCUUUGGGUGCCAUCAUCGCCGCUAUUUUCCUCUUUAGGAGAAACAAGAACAAGAAUUCGGCCCUUGCCGAAGAAGAUGGCCAAACGACAGUCGUGGGGUCGGAGGCGCCCACCGCUACUACCUCGCCGCUUUCACCCUAUGGCACGCUUGCUGCUGGCGGUUACGGGGUCCAAGAAGAAUGGGAUCAGAAGAUGGGGCCUGGGGGCCAGGGCGGAGGAGGAUACACGAAUGUGCAACAGCUGGACACGACGGAACGGCCGAUGGAGUUGGAUGCGCCGAGGGCGGUGUACGAGUUGCCGGAUCAGAGUUGUAGUCAUGAGUUGAUGGCAGAUAACAACCACACGACGACGAGGGUGGAGGCACUGGGGGAUCUCGGUCACGAGCAGGCGUAUCAGGGGCAGGAGAAGAGUGUAUAA